UCUCAUCAUCCUUUCAUUAUGUCUUCAACCCCAAAUUCUCCAACUUCUAAGGGAAAAACCUUUAGCAAUAAAAUAUUUGCUAGACUUCGUGUAGCCAUUGAAUCUGAUGUUCCACACAUCUACAAACUUAGGCAACGUUUAGCUGCACAUCACAACAUUGGUCAUCUACUAAAAUCCACUGAGACCUCUAUUGCCUCGGGUAUAUUUAACCCCAAAUUUAAUCCUGUUACUGCACUCGUAGUCGAUGUUUCACCUAUUUUUUUCCCUCCUGCUCAUUUUAACAUUAAUACCCUCGGAGUUAAGGAAAUUAACCUUAAUUCUUCGUUCAAAGACGAUGAAUCGGACGAGUUUAAAGUUGAUCACAAUGGUGAUAUUUUUAUUGCUGGAUACAUAUUGUAUUAUCCGUGUUUUUCGAGUUUUUACGAGAAACCUGUCUUUAAUUUCGAGAACCUUUAUGUAAGAGAGUGUUAUAGAGGGAAAAAGUUGGGAAAAUGGAUGUUUUCCGCUAUGGCAUUUGAGGCUACAAGAACGGGGAUUUCUGCUAUUAAUUGGUACACUUCAGAGUGGAACAAAAGUGCUGUUGAGUUUUACACUAAUUUGGGAGCUAAAGUUUGUGAUGAUUUUAGGAUGUUGACUUUGACCGGUAAGGGUCUUGAAGCAUUUGAUGAUGAUAGUAAUAUUUAAGUAUUAAUGCUUGAAAAGGAAUUGUAUUGCUUAGUUGAAUAAGUUUUUUAAUAGUGUGUCUAGCCCUUUCAGGCCCUGCCUGGUGAAAUUAUACUAGCUAUGAUGUUGUUGUAGUGUGUCUAGCCUUGAUUUUACCCUAAAAUAAAAUGUUAGCAUUUCGUUCUUUAAUCCUCAACUUGCAAUAUGCGAGUUUGAUUUGUUCAAGUUGUCUUGUUACUUCUCUUUUCUUGAUGUAAUAGGAGUGUUUGAAAAUAAGAGGCCAUUUGGCUAAGCUUGUAAAUACCUUAAGCUGGUUUAUAAGUAUUUUUUAG